AUAUUACGAAUAAAAGAAGCAAAUAAACAACGACAAAUAAAAUCAAUUAUUACUUUUCUCAAGUGCUGUGCGAUAUUUAGAUUUUGUCGUUUAGAGUAAAAGUAAAAUUACUUAAAGAAAUGUCGUCGGAUACACUGAAUGUCGUCAGAAGAAAGCUCAACGAAGCAUUAGGUGAAACUUCAUCGAAAUAUUUCAACAAUAUGAAGCAGUGGUUUCGAAUGAAACUCACGAAAGAAGAGUUUGAUUCCGAAGCCCGUGCGAUGCUGAGUUCAGAUCAAGUGCAUUACCACAAUGAGUUUUUACUCGCUCUUUUGAACAAAGUCGAGGGAUUAGCCGAAGCUUCUCUAACGAUAGCUCAAGAAAAAGCGAGCUCACAUAAUAGAAAUAGCAGAAGGCAUAAAAGAAGUUCUAGAACAUCUGAGAAAACUAACUUUGAACAAGCUGAUUUAUUGGAGUACUUACCGCCUAAUUCUCCUCCUGGUGCUGGCAGUGAUGGUGUUAAAUAUGCUUCACAGGAGGUAUUCUUACCAGACCAUGCCCUCGUAGUUGGCCGUUUCAUGCUUGCAGCAUGGGAACUAGGUCUUGAAGGAGCUGAUGACGAAGCAGCAGAUAUUAUUGUUGUUGCUGUUCAAAACUUUCUUAAAAAUGUCAUAAGUGCUGUUGUAUCACAACGGAAAGGCUACAAGAUACGUCAUAGACAUUUUAUGUACGAUAUUGGUUGUGAUAUGCCAAAUAUGUGGCUACGUAAUUCUUCAAAGUUGUAUGAUCCCCAGUUUGAAGGGCGAGUGAAUGUUGAUGAUGGUGCUGAUGCACUGGGACCAAGAUGUCCCCCUACAAUAGAUGAAGUAGAACAAUCAGCUGCCUUUGAAAUUGCUUGCAGCGUACCAAACACAGAACCUAAUGAUGAUAGGUUAACUAUAGAUGAAUUAUAUAAUACAUUACUAACCCAUAAGAAUACAAUAGCAUGUCAUUCUGUGUAUGCAGUCAAUAUGGAAAGGUUGGCUCUGAUGCUGAAUCAUCCGAGCUAUUGAUUUAAUAAUUAAAAUAGUAUUAUUAUAAAGCAAACGUAAACACAUGCCAUUAGACUUAAUUUUAAUUAAAUAAUUGCCUUAUUCAAUAAAGUCAAAUACUGAAAAAUCCUAUUCUUAUAGUAUUUGUCCUCUUUUAUUCUUUUCUCUGAACUAUUUUACUAUUUAUAUUUAAAAAGUGAAAGUUAUAAUAAACCUGUAUUAAUCUAUUGAAGUGUUCAUAUUUUUCUUCAAACUGAAAUAAUUAAAAUGACUUUGUAAGAUGUUUUAAUUUUAAUAAAGAAGGUGGUAACUGAAUUUGUAAUAACUAGGAAUUCUCU